AUGGUUGGCCACGAGAGUGAAUCCAAAAGAUCGAGAGUUAGGAGGGCUUGCACAUACUGCAGGUUUCGGAGAAUCAAAUGUGAUGGCGAACAACCUUGUUUUCACUGCAGACGUCGUACUCAGCUUUGCGAAUACUCUACUGAAAUAGGAAGCAGCUUACCGAGAAAAAGCCCCUUAGAUCACAACGUUGACCGCCGAAAACCAACCCAGGAUGAUUAUAUUCGUUAUUUGGAGAACAGGAUCCAAAAUCUCGAGAAUAGCUUAAUGAAUAAACUCCCAACAAAUGCACAAAGUAGUAAUAAAACGAUUGAGAGCAACAUUUUGUCAUUGGAUGGAAGGAGAACCGGAAGAGUCACAAGACACGAUGCAAUUCUAGCUAACAAGUUAGGAAAGUCUCUUUUCUUCGAAUUACAUCCCAGCGAACGUGAAGGCCUUUCCAUUCCUCGCCUACAAUUUUAUGGAUGGAACAUGUCAGGAGGCCACUAUCUUAAUCAAAUGCCACUUGCAGUGCAGCCGCUCAUCUUGAAUCCUAGUAAACAAUCAGAUCUCUGUGCCUGGCUAUUAGACUUUUUCUUCCAUAAGGUAAAUCCCCUAUUUUGCAUGAUUCACGAGCCUGUAUUUAUGGACCAAUACCAUAAGUAUGUUAAUGAUCUGAUAAUGGCAGCAGACACAAAAGCUGCCAAGCUAUUCAAUGCAAUCCUCUAUUUGAUAUUUGCAAUAGCCAUCAGAUUUUCGGAAAAUCAUCCAGAAAGACCAAAUAGGAUUUCAAUAGAACUCAAACCUGGAAUGGAGGAAGAUUUGUUUCACUCAGCAUAUGAAACCGUGUCAAAAUUAAGUUUUGAGUGGCAGUCCCUUGAAUUAAUUCAAUCGUGGGUUUUGAUAACAUUCUAUUUAAGAGCAGCGCACCGUCAAACUUCAUCAUAUACUUCAUUGGGAUCUGCUAUUAGAAUGUGUAAAGGAAUGUUGCUCAACAUUGAGAUAAACACCAAGGCAAACAGGGACCAAGUGUAUGAAGAAAUUAAAGCCAAAAGGAUGUUUUGGUUAGUUUAUACUUGGGACAGAUUGUACUCUUGGCAAAGCGGAAGACAGUGUGAAAUCCAAGACGAGUCCAUCAAUAUGGAAUUUCCCCCAUUAGAUGGAACUUCAUGUAGUGAUGGAUGGUUGCAGAAGCCAGCACUUUCAAUGAUUUACUUAGGGAGAUAUUCAGGCAGACUACAACAACAUGCUUUUGGAAACAAGAGUGUCGAUGAAACUUUCUUGAAAAAUAUUGCAGCUGAGCUCUCACAGUUUAAGAACUGGUGUGACUCAGAUAUGUCCUGCGAUGAAUUUGAUCGGCUGUUGUUGGAUCAAGUAUACUUAACUUAUCAUGACAUAUAUUUGUCACUUUACAAUAAGCAACUCUUAGCAUUAAUUGACUGCCAUUCCUGCGUUGAGUGGUGCUCCUCCGAUGUUUUUCUCCUGAAAGAGCAAAGCAAACAGACGCUUGAUAUCUUUGAAAACAUGAGGAGCAAGGCAGAACUGGAAGUUCCGUGGUGGAUGAAUUUGUCUCUUAUGUUCAACAUUUCUCUAAUAAGCGUUAUUUUAAUAUACUCUGGUAUUCAAACCGAGGAAUUUGCAAAUAACUUCAGGAGAGCAAUCAGCUUGCUAAAAGCAAUCAAAGGAAAAGCAUCGAUGUCUACAGAGUGUGUGUGGGCGAUCAAAACUUUGAACCAUAUGUGUUUUUUGAGAAUGCAAAAGGCAGCUAAUACUUUGGCCCAAAUUGGAAUUGAUCACGGCCCAAGUACAGUGAAUGAAUAUCGGUUCUUAGAAUUUGAGCAUGUUGGACGAGGACCUAAUGAUGAUAUCAUUGCCAGCUCCCCAACUGGUAGCUUGCCUGGGAUUAAAUCGUCCAGCAUGCUAGACAACGAAAUUGAUGCUAAUGAAUGUCUAAACUGGUUUGAUCCUUGGUUGGAGGAAGUGUUUUGA